AUGUCACAAUCUUCCUCUCAGAGUCCAGACAGUUGGAUCGGCACGUUUUGCAACCUGGUCGGGCACGAAUACUUUGCCGAAGUCAGCGAGGACUUUAUCGAAGAUGACUUUAACCUGACGGGCCUGCAAGCGCAGGUACCAAUGUACAAAGACGCGUUAGAGAUGAUACUGGAUGUGGAGCCCUCAGAGACAAACUCCUCGGCACUCUCGGAAGAGGAGGAAGAGGAAGAGGAAGAAGAGGAUGACGGCAUCCUGGGAGACGAGCUGGACGAGCCACCUGCCGCUCAAAAUGGUGGGUCACGGAGACAGUCUGGUGUGUCGGCUAAUGGACGAAGACAUGGUCGUACCUCGUCCGACACUUCGGUCAUUGAGUCGUCGGCCGAGCUGCUGUACGGACUGAUUCAUGCCCGCUACAUCACCUCCAGACCCGGCAUCAACCAGAUGAUGGAGAAGUACGAAUUGUCACACUUUGGGUACUGUCCGCGGGUAUAUUGUGGUGGCGCAAAGGUGUUGCCCGUGGGCCUGACGGACACUCCAGGCCAACAGACGGUCAAGCUCUUCUGUCCCAGCUGUCUUGACGUGUACACACCUCCGAAUUCCCGGUUCCAGGCCGUCGACGGUGCCUUUUUCGGGACAACAUUUCCUUGUCUGUUCUUCAUGUCCUUUCCAGAACUCGACGUUGCACCGGUGAAGAAACGAGGGCCUCGAGAUCCAAGCAAUCCGGGGAACGACGAUUUUGAAGGCACGUUGAGCCCUAACGAGGCAGCUUCUUCGCGCGGUAUCAUCACUGCUAGCCGAAGUUCAAGCCUGACGUUACCUCAGCCCCCAGCCAUUCCUGGUGUGACAGCGGCCAAAGAAGAGAAGCUGCCGGGCUCUUCUAGCGCAAUAACGGCAUUACCUCCUCAACCGGCCACGCUCAACGGCGUGGCUACACACAAUUAUGCCCCAGGUCUGGGGAAAGGCAAGAUCUACGAGCCGAAAAUCUACGGCUUCAAAGUCUCCGAGCGAGCAAAGAGCGGACCACGCAUGCGGUGGAUGCGAUCAAAACCGGUCGACAUUAACGAACUGGACGAGGCGAGGUUAUGGCAUGAACGGUACGGCGGAAACGUGGACGGUGAUCCGGAUGAGGAGUCGCGGCACCUGCCCGGCGAUCUAGAGGACAAUGAUGAUGAUAAUGUUGAUGACGAGGAAGACGAAGAAGAAGAGGACGACGGAGCAGCGGCCGAUCAGGACGGAGAUGCUAUCAUGGCUACGCAGAGUCAGCAAUCUGCGCUCAGUACACAGAAGGGCAAGUCAAAACGAGAGCCUGACGCGGAUGGUGAUGCCUUGAUGGCUAGCCAGAGUCAAGGUGGAAGUCGGGGAAAGUCUAGACGGAAAUCAGGAGCGCGGGUGGGAGAUGUAUCGGCGCAGCAGCAGCAGCAGCAGCAGCACGGCGACGGGAACUGGAUAUGA